AUGUUCCGGGCCUUCAAAACUUUGUCCCUCCUUUCUAUCCAUAUCGCCCAAUACUGUGUUGCACAGCAAGUAUCUUGCACUGAUCUAACCUCACAAGCAGGCGAUUCCUCGAGUUUGGCCAUCACAAACGCGACUGAAGUCGCGCCGCAGACCCUUAGCUUUGCGCUGUUCGGGCCUUACACCAACGAGGUCCCACUAUGUCGCGUUCAGGGAAAUGUGAGGUAUGGAUUAAACAAGUCUGAAGGUAUCGAGCUUUGGUUGCCGCCUUCGUCGCUGUGGAAUGGGCGGUAUCUGGUUGUUGGGACCGGGGGUUUCGGAGGCAUCAUCGACUAUGGUACAAUGUUGCAGCAAGUCAAUGCCGGCUAUGCAGUCGCCGGUGGCGACUCUGGACAUUUAUUCUCAGCUAACGGUAACGGCAUCAGUAUGCCUGGUCAGAGCAUCCCCUUCUUGCAGGACCCUGAUGAAACGACUGAAUGGAUCCACAAUUCCGUUGCGUCAAUGACACCGCCGACACGAUCACUGACGAAAAUCUUUUACGGAAGGAGUCCCUCACAUUCCUACUAUGCAGGCUGUUCGACCGGUGGCGCACAAGGCUUCGCCCUCGCCCAAUAUCACCCAGAGCUUUUCGACGGAAUAUUUGCUGGAUCUCCGGGUAAUUGGUAUAGCCACUUGACUCUCAGCUUCCUGUGGAACUAUCUCCAUGCACAAAAGGCCUUUCUGGACCAGGCCACUCUCAAUUUCAUCACAAAUUCGACCCUGAAGAAGUGCGAUAGCCUCGACGGCCUCGAGGAUGGCGUGAUCGGAGAUCCACUCAACUGUCGUUUCAAUAUCUCAGAGAUUGCAUGUGCAGCGGGACAAGCACGUAACAAUAGUAAAGGGAUCCAGUGCGUCACGUCCGCCGAAGUGGCCACUUAUCAAGCAAUCCGAGCCGGUCCGAGCGAAGCUGGCACCGGUAGAAAAGUGUAUCCAGGGUUCGACUUCGGGUCAGAAAGCUCGUGGCUCCUUCAAGAAGCGGAGCUGGCUCUCAACUUCACUAUUCCGAUACUCCAGAAUGCAGUCUUCAAGAAUUUGUCGUACGAAUACAUCUCGUUCAGUUUCACCCCUGCUGAGCUUGAGACUGUCGAUUCCAGGGUUUCGCCUCUCAUUGAUUCUAUUUCCCCCGACCUCCGGGCGUAUAAGAACAGGGGCAAGCUGCUCGUCACCCAAGGUUGGGCGGAUGCAUACAAUGCAGCGACAUGGCCAAUCGAACAUUUUGAGCAGACUUCCGCGUUUCUGUCAUCGAAUGGCAUCGCAGCCGGCAAUGCUUCAGACUUCUAUCGACUGUUCAUGAUUCCUGGGUAUGGGCACUGUGGCCCAGCAUCUGCUUAUCCGCAGGUACCAGGUACCGUCGACACUUUGGGCACGCUGGUGUCCUGGGUCGAGAAGGGUAUUGCACCUGUCGAAAUAAAAAGUACAGGUCCUGCCGAUGGAACCAAUCGGACCAGAAAACUGUGUGCUUGGCCCAGGACUGCGAAACCCAUCCAUUGGAAAAACUUUGUGACAUGUCUGUUCAUUGCCUUUGGACUCUUCACAUACGGAUACUUCACCGGUAUCAUCGCGUCGACCCUCACCAAACCCAAUUUUCUCUUAUACAUGGGCUUGGUUGACGGGGAUGGAAACCCGACUCCGAGCUCGACUGGUCUGGUCGGAGCUACCACGGGCGUCUAUCAGGCUGGUGGACUGAUUGGCACGCUGGCCGCAGGGCUACUCAUGGAUGCGUAUGGACGCAAAAUGGCCUUUUUGAUCCUGUCAGUGAUAGGCGUUAUUGCCCAGGGUAUUUUGGCAGCCUCGCAGAACAUCGGAAUGUUCAUCGCUUUCCGGUUCUUUACUGGCUUCGUCGGCUAUUCCAUGGUUGUCCUGCCCGCUGUCUACACCUCUGAGCUUGCCCCUUCACACCUGCGUGGGUUCUUGACCGGCUUGUGUGGUAUAUGGUGCGCCUUUGGCUUUGCGGUAUCCACUUACUUCGGCACUGCCUUCUAUCACACCGGUGCCAUCGUUCAGUGGCGUGUACCGCUGGCCCUAGGUGUCCUCUGUCCCAUGAUCCAGGUUGUUGGCGGCAUGUUCCUCCCAGAAACACCCAGGUAUCUGUUGGCAAAAGGGAAAGAUGCCGCCGCCCUUGCCGUGACAUUGAAACAACACGCAAUUGGCGGGGGCGAGGAUUUUGCUCGAGCAGAAUUUCUCCAGAUGCAGAAACAGAUGGAACUGGAUCAGCGACUUGACGCAUCGUGGAUCAGCUUCAUCACUAAAGCGGCAGUCCGGAAACGGGGGGUUAUUGUCAUUAUCAUGUCCUUCCUUGGACAGUCAUCUGGCAAUCUGGUCGUCAACAACUAUGGCGGGAUCCUGUACACACGCCUCGGCUAUGCCGUCUAUGAUCAACUGAGCUUCCAGUGUGGCUAUAUCACGACUGCAACGGUCUGCAGCGUUGUUGGCAGCCUUCUCGUCGACAAGAUUGGCAGACGAAAACUGAUGAUGAUCGGACUGAGCGGCUGCGCGCUUUCUCUGACCCUGGAAACGAUCAUUGUCGCCGUGUACGCCGAUGCGGGCACCAAUAAGGCCGCUUUGGGGGUUGGUGUCGCAGCCUUGUGGCUCUUCCAGGGAUCAUACUGCCUGAGCGUGGACAUCUGCUGCUUCGUUAUUUCCGCCGAGCUGUUUCCCAACCAUCUACGGGCCAAGGGUGCAACGAUUUCUUUCUGCUCUUCCGUCCUGACCAAUCUGGUCUUUCUCCAAGCAGCCCCUACCGCCUUUGCGAAUAUCGGAUGGAAAUUCUUCCUGGUGUUUAUUGCCAUCACAAUCGUUGGGAUUGUUUGGAUUUAUUUCGUCCUCCCCGAGGCAAGGGAAUUCCAAUGGAAGAGAUGGCGGACGUCUUUUCGCUGGGUGAUGAAGUUGCCAUCCACGCAGCGGAUAUCCAGAUCGACCAUGAGCACCACGAGAUUAAAGUCAACCUGCACGACGAGAAGGCUUCCACGGACCAUGUCCAGGAAGUACACAGAGAGAAAGAAGUAA